AGUACCGAUCCCCGUCCAACGCAUUCUUGCAUAGAGCCAACCACGCCUAGCCUGCUCCUUCUCUCAGGUAGCGAGUCAGUGACGCACGCUCUCCGUGCCACACCACGACCGCACCGUUCUACCCGCUUAGCUACCCAAGAGACCGGCGUCCGGCAAUGGAGUCGCGGGUGAAGCCCGGGUUCAGCGGCGCGGGCAGCCUGUCCGGCAGCCGGAGGAGCUACAUGGGGGCGGCGGCGCCUAGCAAGCCGGCGGUGGACGGGUGCGGCGUGGCACUGCGCGUGUUCAUCCUGGCGGCGACGCUGGUCGCCGCCGUGGUGAUGGGCCUGGACCGGCAGACGGCCACCGUGCAGGUCACCAUCGCCGACACGCUGCCGCCGCUGCAGGUCCCCGUCACGGCCAAGUGGUCCUACUCCUCCGCCUUCGUGUACUUCGUGGUGGCGAACGCGAUGGCGUGCGUCUUCUCGGCGGUGGCGCUGGCGGCGUGCCGCAGCCGGAGCGCGGUGGUGCCGCUGAUGGUCGGCGACCUGGUGGUGCAGGCGCUCCUGUUCUCGGCGGUGGGCGCGUCGGCGGAGUUCGGCAUCCUGGGCGAGCGCGGCAACUCCCACGUGCGCUGGGGCAAGGUGUGCCACGUCUACAGCAGCUUUUGCGAGCGCGCCAUGGCCGCCGUCAUCGUCUCCCUCAUCGCCGCCUUCGCCAACCUCGUGCACCUCAUGUUCGCCAUCCUAGACGUCCACAAAAACUCCUCCUACUACUAGUAACUAGCUCAGCCGCUGCUGAUCCAUCGUGCACGCAUCGGAGAUGCCCGAUCGAUGCAUGCAGAUGGUAUACCUGAUUUCCGUGUGAACUAACGGUCUCGGCUUUAGACGCGUUGGUUUGAUUUAACGGCGCGCAUUGUUGUGUCGAUGCAUUUUGGCACUGUAAUGUUAGCUAUUGAUACAAAUGUAUGGAGGAUUUUACUUGUUAUGUACUAAUAUCGACGUAUUGGUCAUCUUUUCAGCUGAUUUGGCAUGAACUAAUAUGGAUGGAUUGGUAACUUUUUGAGCUGA